AUGGUUGAAGACCUCAGGAAGACAGCAGAACCUCCCAAGACGAAAGCCGAUGUCAUCAUCGUUGGGGCUGGUCCCGUUGGACUUCUUACAGCUCUUGGCCUCGGAAGAGCUGGCAUCGACACCCUCGUGAUAGAGGCGCACCAUGAGCUGUUGCCCACUACAAGAGCAAUGGUAUAUAUGCCCGUCGUAUUACCUGUGCUACGAAAGCUCGGCAUUCUGGACACUAUCCUUCAACAUGCUUACCUCAACAAGGAAGGUGUCAAAUGGCGGGAUAUCCAUGGUAAGGUGCUGGCUCACUUGCCAUUAGGAGGAGAUGACACUAAGGAGUUUGGUGGCGUGCUUCUCAUAGGACAAUGGAAGAUGAAUGAACUCAUCCUGAAGGAGUUAGAAAAGUUUCCGUCAGUUGAAGUGCAAUUUGGUAUACGAUGUGUCGGCCUAGACGACAACCCCAAAUCCGAACGAGUUCAAAUCAUGACUCAUACAGGAUCGUUACUCGACAACGACACUUUCAUAGAGGCCCGCUAUGUUGUGGCAGCAGAUGGUGCCAACAGUGCUAUUCGACGCAUGGCCUGUUUGCCAUUCGAGGGUUUCACCUACCAAGAAUUCAAGAUGAUAGGUACAGAUGUCAUCUACGACUUCAUGGGUCAAGAAGCUUUGAGCCCACUCAACUUUGUUGUGCAUGAAGACGACUGGGCAGUCAUCGCUUAUACUGGCCAGGACGAAGGCGGUCUUCCGUGUGGUUCCGGGAAGCCGCAGUGGCGAGUCGCUUAUGUUGAAGAUCCUGACUUGCCUAGCUCGAAGGAAGACUACUUGAAACGAGCUGAAGAUCAGAUCAGGAAGUAUACCACUAAGGGAGACGCCAACUUCAAGAUAAUCAGGGCAGAGCCAUAUCUCAUGCAACAACGCGUUGCUACUCAAGCUCGUAAGCAGCGUAUUCUGCUUCUUGGUGAUUCUUUGCACAGCAAUAACCCUAUUGGUGGUUUGGGCCUGACAGGCGGGAUUCUGGACGCCUUCUGCUAUGGCAAUGCCCUCAGACGAGUUAUUAAGGACGGCGAGCACGAUAUUCUGCUUACUACAUGUGCUUUGGCACGUCGCAACGCAUGGUGUGGAGUGACCAACAAGUUGUCUCAAGACAAUAUGCAACGACUCUACUCAAAAGACCCGAAGGUCAUUGCGGCCCGAGACAAAUUCUUCCACCAGCUUAACGAUCCUAAGGACGGCAGGAAGUUUGCUAGUGCUGUAGGAAAUGGCUUGAACAACAUGAUGACAGAGGACUUCUUGUGA